ACUGUGAUCGAGUACGUAGAACACUUUAAAUCAUUAGGAAUAACGUUCAGUAAUACAAUGUCAUGGGAUGCACAUGUUAAUAAUCUUUCUUCAACACUCUCUAGAAUCACAGGAAUCACUUCGCGUAACAGAUAUAUUUUUCCAACCAAAACUAAGCUUACUUUGUACUAUGCUUUCUUUUAUUCCCACAUAAGCUAUUGCCUGCUAGUCUGGGGCAAUACAACGUUGUCAAACAUACUAAAACUACAAACCCUGCAAAAGAAAAUGCUCCGCGCAAUUGUAAAUGGGUCCUAUGAUUCGCCCACUAAGCAUAUCUUCCUGCAAUAUAAUAUUGUACCUGUAAACAAAUUAUUCGACUACAGAUUUGCAUGUUUUUAUAAAACAAUAACAAGAACAAAUGAUUCCUUUUUUUCUAAAAUUGUUCCACUUGCGUUUCGCCACUCAUCAUAUGACACCAGAGUACAAUGUAGUUACGUAUUACCAAAGUGUAGAACAAAUUAUGGUUUUUCUAUGUUGAGUUAUACUGUGCCAAAGUUCUUAAAUACCUCAUUUUAUGACUGCCUAAAUACUAUGUCUCGUUCUGCCAUUCGCAAGAGCAUUAUUCGGCAAUCUGUGCCAACGUAAUAUCAAAUGUUUUCAUGUCUUCAUACAUUGUAUCAAUUUGUUAUUGUUUUACACUCACAGUACUGUUGCCAAUUAUGACACAUAGGUCUUUUUGUCAAUAUUAUUAUUUUUUUUAUUUAGCUUUUAUUCGUUUUUUUUUGCAACU